GGGGCAAGCAAGCACUCCGCACCCGAAGGAGCUAGUUGUGUAGCAAGCGGUUCGAUCUGGCCCAGCCAUGGACCGGAAGGUGGCCCGAGAAUUCCGGCACAAGGUGGAUUUUCUGAUUGAAAAUGAUGCAGAAAAGGACUAUCUCUACGAUGUGUUGCGGAUGUACCACCAAACCAUGGACGUGGCCGUGCUUGUGGGAGACCUGAAGCUGGUCAUCAACGAGCCCAGCCGCCUGCCCCUGUUUGACGCCAUCAGGCCUCUGAUCCCACUGAAGCACCAGGUGGAGUACGACCAACUAACCCCCCGGCGCUCCAGGAAGCUGAAGGAGGUGCGUCUGGACCGGCUGCACCCCGAAGGCCUCGGCCUUAGCGUGCGUGGCGGCCUCGAGUUCAGCUGCGGGCUCUUCAUCUCCCACCUCAUCAAAGGUGGCCAGGCAGACAGCGUCGGGCUCCAGGUAGGGGACGAGAUCGUCCGGAUCAAUGGGUAUUCCAUCUCCUCCUGCACCCAUGAGGAGGUCAUCAACCUCAUCCGCACCAAGAAGACUGUGUCCAUCAAAGUGAGACACAUCGGCCUGAUCCCUGUGAAGAGCUCUCCCGAUGAGCCCCUCAAAUGGCAGUAUGUGGAUCAGUUUGUGUCGGAAUCUGGGGGUGGGCGGACCAGCCUGGGCUCCCCCAGCAGUCAGGAAAACAAGGAGAAGAAGGUCUUCAUCAGCCUGGUGGGCUCCCGGGGCCUUGGCUGCAGCAUUUCCAGCGGCCCCAUCCAGAAACCCGGCAUCUUCAUCAGCCACGUGAAGCCUGGCUCCCUGUCUGCUGAGGUGGGGUUGGAGACAGGGGACCAGAUUGUCGAAGUCAAUGGCAUCGACUUCUCCAACCUGGACCACAAGGAGGCCGUGAACGUGCUGAAGAGUAGCCGCAGCCUGACCAUCUCCGUCGUAGCUGGAGCGGGCCGGGAGCUGUUCAUGACAGACCGGGAGCGGCUGGCAGAGGUCCGGCAGCGCGAGCUGCAGCGACAGGAGCUUCUGAUGCAGAAGCGGCUGGCGAUGGAAUCCAACAAGAUCCUCCAGGAGCAGCAGGAGAUGGAGCGGCAAAGGAAAAAGGAAAUUGCCCAGAAGGCAGCAGAGGAAAAUGAGAGAUACCGGAAGGAGAUGGAACAGAUCGUGGAGGAGGAAGAGAAGUUUAAGAAGCAGUGGGAAGAAGACUGGGGCUCAAAGGAACAGCUCCUGUCGCCUAAAACCAUCACCGCCGAGGUGCACCCAGUAACCCUUCGCAAGCCAAAGUCCUUUGGAUGGUUUUAUCGCUACGAUGGCAAAUUCCCAACCAUCCGGAAGAAAGGAAAGGAUAAGAAGAAAGCCAAGUAUGAUAGCCUUCAGGAGUUGAGAAAGAAUAAGAAGGAACUGGAAUUUGAGCAAAAGCUUUACAAAGAGAAAGAGGAAAUGCUAGAGAAGGAAAAGCAACUGAAGAUCAACCGGCUGGCCCAGGAGGUAUCGGAGACAGAGCGGGAAGACCUUGAGGAAUCGGAAAAGAUUCAGUAUUGGGUGGAAAGGCUCUGUCAGACGCGCCUUGAGCAGAUUUCCUCUGCUGAUACUGAGAUUUCAGAGAUGACCACAGGGCCCCCGCCUCCCCCGCCUUCUGUGUCUCCCCUGGCCCCACCCCUGAGACGCUUCGCAGGUGGGCUGCACCUCCACACCACUGACCUGGAUGACAUCCCCUUGGACAUGUUCUACUAUCCCCCCAAGACUGCUUCUGCCUUGCCUGUGAUGCCCCACCCUCCAGCCUCCAACCCACCCCCCAAGGUCCCCGCGCCCCCUGUCCUUCCCUCAUCGGGCCGCCUGAGUGCCUCAUCCUCACCCUGGGUGCAACGCACUCCACCCCCCAUUCCCAUCCCUCCCCCACCAUCCAUUCCUACCCAAGACCUCACUCCUACCCGCCCGCUGCCCUCGGCACUGGAAGAGGCACUAGGCAACCACCCCUUCCGCGCUGGGGAGACAGGCAAUCCAGCAGAGGACUGGGAGGCAAAGAACCACAGUGGGAAGCCGGCCAACUCUCCCGUCCCUGAACGGAGCUUCCCACCCACCGCAAAGACAUUUUGCCCAAGCCCACAGCCUCCACGAGGCCCUGGCGUGUCCACCAUCUCCAAACCUGUCAUGGUCCACCAGGAGUCCAACUUCAUCUACAGGCCAGCUGUGAAAUCCGAGGUCCUGCCACAGGAGAUGUUGAAGAGGAUGGUGGUUUAUCAGACAGCGUUCCGACAAGAUUUCCGGAAAUACGAGGAAGGCUUUGACCCCUACUCCAUGUUCACCCCGGAGCAGAUCGUAGGAAAGGAUGUCCGGCUCCUGCGCAUUAAGAAGGAGGGAGCCUUAGACCUGGCCCUGGAAGGCGGAGUGGACUCCCCGAUCGGGAAGGUGGUCAUCUCGGCUGUUUACGAGGGCGGAGCCGCUGAGCGGCACGGUGGCAUUGUGAAAGGGGAUGAGGUCAUGGCCAUCAAUGGCAAGAUCGUGACGGACUACACCCUGGCUGAGGCUGAGGCUGCCCUGCAGAAGGCCUGGAAUCAGGGGGGGGACUGGAUCGACCUUGUCAUUGCCGUCUGUCCCCCCAAGGAGUAUGACGAUGAGCUCUCUUCUCUUCCCUCCUCUGCAGCCGAAAGCCCCCGGCUGGUCCGAAAGCUCCUUGGAGACAAUGCUCCCAUGCUUAGACACGGGUUCCUCCUGCAGCUGGAGCCUGGCAACCCCCGCGGUGAAUAGGCAGGCGGGCUGCAGGGCCCCGUCUGUCCACGCUGCACGUCGUGGCUGUCUGCUGCCCAUGCUGUCGGCAGGUUCUUUGGACUGGUGUCUGGGGAUUCGCCAUCCCUGAAGUGCCACCUGGGCCUGCUGUUGGUGACACUGGAAUUCUGUUGGACUCAAAGGCCCUCCCGCUCAGGGAAGCCAAGCAGAGCCCAGUGUGCGGCAUGCUUGGGACCUGGGUGUCCUGACUCACCACAGCCCUUGGGAUCUGCCCUGGGUCCCACAUAGCACCCCAAUGAGCAGGAUAGAGCAGUGAGCGCCAUUCUCAGUUGGGC